UCGCAGGUCUUCUCCAAAUCUAUCUAUUCCCAAUUUCUUGACGCUUUCUUCCCUUCUCCUCCCCGCCGAUGUCUUCCGCCGGUAGCCAUGGAGGUGGUGCCGCCGCCGACUCUGAGUACCAGAACUACUACUGCCACCGGUGCCAGCGUACUGUCGCCCUUCCCACUGCUGCCUUCGAGAUCGUCUGCCCCGUCUGCCACGAUGGCUUCCUCGAAGAGGUAGAAUCCCCUAACCCUAGUCCCAGCCCAAAUACCUUCUCUUACGACUCCUCUGGAAAUCCUGUUCUCCUCCAGCCCUUUGGCCCCUCGUUCUUCUUCUCCUCCUCUUCCUCUUCCCCCGCCCCCGCUAGCUUAGACCUCAGGAACCCUGCUGACCUUGCAGAUCUCCUCGGCCCUGACCUUUUUGUCUCCCGCUCUGGACCUGGCGGCCCCACUAGUGCUACUAGCGCGGUUCCCUUCAAUCCGAUGAUCUUCCUUCAGGAUUACCUCCAGCAAUUAAUGUCCGGAGGUGCCAAUAUCCAAGUCGUAGUUGAGGGCGGACCUGGCGGCGGUAUUGGGAACCUAGGGGAUUACUUUAUUGGCCCUGGCCUUGAGCAGCUUAUACAACAGCUCACUGAGAAUGAUCCCAAUCGUUAUGGCACCCCACCUGCUGCCAAGUCUGUUGUUGCAAACCUUCCAGACAUCAAAAUUAGCCUAGAAUUGCUUGCCUCUGAUGAAGCUCAGUGCUCUGUCUGUAUGGAUACUUUCGAAAUGGGAAACGAGGCCAAGCAGAUGCCAUGCAAGCAUAUCUUUCACAAAAACUGCAUCUUGCCAUGGCUAGAGUUGCAUAAUUCAUGCCCAGUCUGUCGCUAUGAGCUUCCCACUGAUGAUCUUGACUAUGAGCAACGCAGGGGGACACCAGCAGUCCCUUCACCACGGACAACUGCUGGAACAAGGGAUUCUAGUGGUGUUGGGGCAGCAGCUGGAGCCUUCACUGAAGGGGAUUCUGGUAGCCCUAGAAUGAUUGAGAGAAGGUUUAGGAUUUCACUACCAUGGCCAUUUAGAAUGUUCGAGGCGCAAGCAGAAGGUAGCAAUGCUGGUAGUGGAGGAAAUGACGGGAACAACAGCACCAAUCCACAUCCUGAUCGGCAAGAAGAUGGACGCUAAAUAUCCAUCAGAAGAUUUGAUUUGAGAAGGUAAGGUAUAAAGGAUGAACCCUGAUGCUUUGUUGUCCAAGCAACAGUUCAAGAUUCGCAGCUAUGGCAACAUGAGUCUUCUGGUUACAGUUACAUAAGCAAUUUUUAACUUUGUUCGGAUUUAUUCAUAUUUUUGCAUUCUGUUUUAUGAUUAUCUAAAGUCUAAACUGGUGGGGAUUAAUUUGUAUACUUCUGAAUGGGGCCAAAAAAUAGAACAGCCUGUGUUAUUUUUGGCUUAUAUAUGUUACAUUUAGCAGAUUUAAUUUUUCUUGUUUUAAUUUUCA